AUGUCCGCGGAGAGGCGGCCGGGCUCGGGCCGAGGCGGCGAGGGCAUCAAGUUGUCAGCAGAGGUCAAACCUUUUGUUCCAAAACAUGUGGCGGUACCUGUGGCAUGGUCAGAACCCUCAGAAGCAUGUGUCUUUCCUAGGUACCUAACUACAUGCUACCCAUUUGUUCAGGAACCAUCUUUGGAUAAUGUUCUGGGAGAUCCUGCCUUCUGUGAAUACUCCAGCUGCUCUUACUCACCUGAUGUUGUUUCAAAUGUAUAUCCAGUAGCUGGCUCACAAUAUAACUCUAACAACUCAACACACUAUAAUGGUUCAGGAAUAGUCAGUGAAUCUGCUGAGCAAACGUAUCCAAUCAGACAAGAAAGUAAGAAUCUUUCAAAGCAGAGGAGAUCAAAAGAGGGUGAGAAAAAAUUAGACAAGAAAAGGCAUGAUGGAGAUUACUCUUCUGUCAGAAUUGUGAACAGAACUUCGUUCCAGACCUCCGCAUGCGGCAGAGAUUCUGUGAAGCCAGACAGGUUCAAUAAAACUACAAACAAGAAAUCAACUCAAACUCCAAAAACAGAGUCUCUUCCUGUACCUGCAUUUGAAGCUACCAUUCUGGAUUUCAACAAGUCCCAGAGUUUGGGAAGCAGUGAGAUACUGAAUGUACAGCAUAAAAGCGGACCAGAAGAUACUUUUGUGGAAAGCAAAGCUUCAUCAAAAACUUUAGAUGAGACAGUAGCCAGCUUAAUUCCAUCUUCAUUUGAUGGCAGAGCGGCAUUUCCUGAAACACCUGCAGAUGGCUCUGCUCCGCCACAUGUGUCUUGGGCCAUGGUACUUUCACAGCCCCCAAAGAAAAUUGUGUCAUCACCAGCAUCUGAAGGUCUUUCUAGAGGCAAAGGGAAACAGGAUAGUGAAGCAAAGCAGUCAGAAACAAAAAAUGAUGCUAGUGAAACUGAGCCUGAAGAAGGGUCAGAAAAGAAGAAAAAAAAGAAGAAAAAGAAGAAAAAAACGAAGUCACCCACUGAUGUAGAGAAACCUCAGGAUGAAUCUGCUACAAUACAGGAACCACCAAGGAUUGAGGAUGCUGAGGAGUUUCCUGAUCUGGCAGCUGCUUCUGAUAGGAGAAACAGACUAGGAUCUCAGAAAUCAUCAUUUACUUCUGCUGUCAGAAAGCAGUCUGAAAUCCAUCUCCUCGAAGAGCCUUGGGAUAGUCGGUCUCCCACACUGGAUGGAACUCCCAAGGUGGAUGGACAGUCAGGGAAGCAAGCUUCAUCUUCUAUAUUAGAAAAAAAGAAAAUACAGGAAACAUCCAGGGGCAGUGGUAAGAAGAGUCAAAUUCCCGUGCAGUUGGAUUUGGGUGGCAUGCUGGCAGUCUUGGAGCAGAAGCAGCAAACAGAGAAGUCAAAACAGUCUUCCAAACCUGUGGUGUUUUCAGUUGGUGGUGCCAUACCAUUGCUUUCUAAAGAACCUGCUGCAGCCACAAAAAGUCACCGGUUAAACCAAGGAAAGAUGCCUCAUAACCCUUUGGAUUCCAGCGCUCCUUUGGUAAAGAAAGGGAAACAGAGGGAAGUCCCUAAAGCAAAGAGACCAACACCUCUUAAAAAGAUUAUUCUGAAAGAAAGAGAACAACGAAAACAGAAACAGUUGUUAGAACAGACAGCAGUACCAAAAGAUGAAGAUAAUACUUGUCAGUCUGCAAAAAAUAUUACUGAAGAUGAAACGCUUCUACAGGAUAGUCAAGCAGCUGUUCCUGUAACACAAGCUGUUGAAGGGUUUGUGGAGAACACAGGGAUCAAGGAAUCUACAGAAGGUUCUAUGAUUUCAAAGCAGCUAACCUCUGAUCUUCCAAAAAUCCAUAGUAGGAAAUUUAGAGAUUAUUGCAGCCAGGUACUUAGUAAAGAAGUUGACAGUUGUGUGACAGAUCUCUUAAAAGAACUGGUUCGUUUCCAAGAUCGCUUGUAUCAGAAAGACCCAGUAAAGGCCAAGAUAAAACGCAGGCUUGUUAUGGGUCUUAGAGAAGUUUUGAAACAUCUGAAGCUGAAAAAACUGAAGUGUGUCAUCAUCUCUCCUAACUGUGAAAAGAUUCAGUCAAAGGGUGGGUUGGAUGAUACUCUACACAACAUCAUUGACUGCGCCUGUGAACAGAAUAUCCCAUUUGUUUUUGCCCUUAAUCGCAAGGCCUUAGGCCGCUGUGUGAACAAAGCAGUGCCUGUGAGUGUAGUGGGAAUUUUUAGCUAUGAUGGGGCUCAGGACCAUUUUCAUAGAAUGGUACAACUGACAACAGAGGCCAGGAAGGCCUACAAAGAUAAGAUAGCAGCUUUAGAGGAAGAAGCUGAAGGAGGACUAAGAGAAACCCAACCCAGCAUCUUAACCACUGAAUAUGGAACAAAUGGCUUAUCAGAGACUGGAAAAACAUCUUCCCAGGACUCUGAUGAGGAUGUACCAAAUUAUAUUAAAAUCUGGAAGAGAAAACUUGAAGAAGAGUAUAACCCAUAUGCACUGGAACUGGAAAAGAGUGCAGCUGCUGACAUGGUGAUAGUGAAUUCUGAAGAGCAUCAGUAAAUCCAAUCUUUUUUUUUUUUUUUUAGAACCCUAGGAAGAGGGUAGCAAAAUAAAAUAAUUUAAGAAAUAUCUGAUGUCAGCCAAGUAGACUGUUCUGAAUCCCUUCAUGCAAAAUACACACUGGAGCACAUGAGGCACUGGCUAAUGCUUUUUAUGUUCUGUGUAUUUGGCUGAUUACUAUAGAAGAUGACAACAGCAAAUUGUCUUAGCCCCAAACCACUUGAACUGGCUUGGCAUACUUGAAUGGUUUUAUGGACUAGCAUUGAUUUGUUAGUGAUAGAAUAUACCAAAAGAACUUGCUAGAAACAUGAUUUUAUUUGGGAAGACAUUCCAUGAGUCAGAAGGUUGGGGCAUGUAGGGAGUUGCUUUUUACUUUUAAUUCUUGUUUAAAGAACUUCAAUUGUUUUUUGAUUGUGGGUUUGGUUUUGGUCUUUAUUUUCUUCUAAAUAAACCUACUCAGGUGGGCAGGCUGGCAUCAAUGUCACUUUCUUCCAGUCAGCAGGAAAUUAAUUCUGGGCAGUCAGCUUGAUUGAAACUAAUUAAUUAUGACAAAGUUCCCAGUUAGUUAGCUCUUCUGUGUGAUAUUUUGUUCUUCUGGGAUUAUACAGCAGGUGUAAAGGAGAAAGCAUGGGCUGCAAAGGUCUGAAAUUCCUGAAGUGAAAAUGCUGUUUAGAAUAUGAAGUUGAUUAAGUGUACAAUGAUGAUGUUUCUGCUGCUACUGAGACUAGUUUAUCAUAGGUCCUGCUUUGAAGUCAGAGAAUGUUGAAGGACAGCAAAUGUGCGAGCCUGCUAUCCUGUAUGUACCUUUUCCAUGCCGAUAGACUCCUCAUUCCUUCAGUUUGGGGUUGUGUUGGUGUAUAUAUGUAAGAGGUUUUGAUUAUUCUCAGUUUGUAUCUAAGAUAGGGAAAAUUUGUA